UUCUGAAAUCUCAGGGUUAAGCUACCAGUCUGUCAGGAUCUCACACAGAGGCUGAGGUUUGUAGUUAGUAAAGUUAGUAAAGAUGCCUUUAAAUGGCAGAAAACAGGGCUACUCUGCCUCACAGCUGCUGUCGUCCUUAAGCUUCAGCUCCUAAUAUCAGUCAUCAAUCAGCGCUCACAGCAGCAAGGCUGCGUGAAUAUUUUACUCUACUUCUUAAAGAAACAUAUAUAAAAAAUAAAAUAAGAAAGUCAGAUACUAUUUAAUUUCCCGUUGGGAUUAAUAAAGUAUAUUUUAAUCAAAUUGAAUGAAAUCUAAAUCUGCUACAAUAUUUAUAGGCAGGCCAAAGCAAAAAAGAAGAAAAGAAAGAAAACCGACAUUGGCUGUAAAACUGCGAUCGUACAUCUCUCGUUAUAUCGGUGUGGUGUCACUGGGCAGGAAGCUUCAAGCUGAGGGUUUUUGUAAAAAGGUUAGAAGAAAUAACCGAGGGAUCAGUUUUUGUAGCAAUUGAUUAAUCCUCUUAACUGUAGUGAAGCAAAUACUGCAAAUUUUAAACCCAACCCAAAACAAACAGCUUUAGAUCCCUGCAUGGAAGUAUAAACAGAUUCUACUGAAAAAGGAAACUGCUGCAGAAUCAACGUAACCUAAUGAAGGACAAAGGGGAAACAAGCGUCUGAAGAGGAAACGUCUGAGACAGCAGACGAGUGUGUCGAUGCAUCUAUGCUGAUGUCAUUAACAGGAAUAAAGCAGAAUAACGCGACCCCUGAGCCACAGCGGGGCAUAGUGACACGUGAACUAUGAACGCAGCUUUUCAACCGCGCUUUCAUUAUUGGUUCCAGAAUUUCUUCAAAAGGGAUUAAAGUUGUUUGGAUUCAGAGGAAAAUUUGGCAGAUCAACAGGCAGGAGAUUGUGAUGGACUUGAUGUGACCAUUUCACCAGGUUCCGGUUUGAUCUGUCCAGUUGGAGCACAUUUUAAGCUGAGUUGUACAUUCACAUUUUUAACCUCCAAGCACUGCGCAUUGAUGUGGAAAAACUAUAAUAGUGAGAAUCAAGAAUGCCUCAUCAACAUGACCUCCACUCAGUCCAAUGUGACCGCGGGUCUAAACAUCAAGUUUACAACAGCAGAAGACGCGGGUACUUACAGUUGCAGCACGUUUCCACCCGAAGCCCAUAGUCUUCAAAUCCCAAUUGUGGUAAAUGGGUCACAGGGAGAUUGUAAGCCUGUGUCAACAGUGGAAGUGAAAGAAAGGUUACCGGGCCAUCAGAGACAAGACAGCCUGCCAACACCAUCUGCACUGACUACACUGAGCAGCCAGAGACUUUGCAACAGAGAUCAAUACAGCAGUGAAGCAGGUGACAACUCAGGUCUAUGGGGUCAGAUGUGGUACUGGAUGCUUCUGGGAAAAGCUGCAAUCCUCCUCCUCAGUUUGGCCUCUCUGGCAGUGAAAUGCAAGAGAGGAUAAAGAGAUGUAAAAGCAAUGGUCCCCGCGCCACAGCGGCUGCCGCCACUGUUAUGGCUGCUGUCUGAUUCAUUCAUUGCAUGGGCUUUAUUCAAGUUGAUGAGUAAUGGCUAUAGGUUAAAAAAUAUUAAGAUAAAUUUGUAUUUUUUGUUGUAGAAAUGCCUAACUUUGGAAAAAAUAUCCUGUUGAAAUAGACCAACUUUUAUUGUA